AUGAGCAAGCGGUGCAUUCUUCGCAUGGAUCACUACUGUCCCUUUACUGGGAACUGCAUCGGCCUGAGAAACCAUGGCCACUUCAUUCUCUUCUACGUUUUCUCGUUUCUGGGCUUGUCGUAUUCGUUGGUGCUGUGCUUCGCGGCUGUCUACAGAGCGGGCUAUUUUUCGCGCUUCACGUCAACUGCCGGUGCCAAGCUUUACGAGAACCAGCGGUGGAUCGGCCAGCAGACGCACAUGAUCAGCAGCUUGAACACCUUGCUGCUCUCGGCACUGAUGGAGGUGCUUCACCGCAACGGCAUCACCAUUCUGGUGCAGCUCGGGGCGAGCAUCAUCGCCAUGAUUGCUGUUGCAGCCACCGGCACGCCAGCCCUGCACCUGGCAUGGACCAAUACGACCACCAUGGAGAGGCUAUUCCCAAUGAAGGAAUACGUGCAGUUGAAGGAGCAGGUGUACUGCCCUGUUGGCCCCGGCUUCUACCGUCGGGCUGGCACGGAGAAUCUCGAGGUCAUCCUUGGAUCCAGGUGGUGGCUCCGCUUGCUUUUUCCGCUUCGUGGAUCUGUUGACGUAGGUGCAGCGCUUACACCUCGUCCAAGUGCAGAAGGCACUAUCCCAGUGGUUUUAUUCCAGAGAUGCAUUUGGGAACCCUCGCAUGUACCACGGGGUGAGGGUGGACCCAGUACGGAACCAGAGGUUGGAGAAAAUUCCAGACGAUUUCCCGAGCAGGAGAGCAGUGUUCAAAGGAUCCCUUGGAACAGACAUCCCUGCAAGUAG